AUGCAUCAACGUGAAUUGAGUCGUCAUUAUGGUAACACCAACAACCACACGCUGUGGUUCAUUAUUUUCAGUCAUUCAUAUACACGGUUUCAAUUCAUAUGCACAUGGCUCCGUGAAAAACUCGAACCAAUCCGAUAUGGACUUCCCAAAUUAUCAUCCUUGUAUUUUGCUUCUCCCUAUUUUAAGGAAGGAAUGAAAUGCUGUGAUGGCCAAUAUUUGGAAGACAUUUUAGGUUCAAAUCCUUUUUCCUAUGGUUCUUUGGAUGUUGCUAACGAUAAAAAUUCAUUGUUAAAACCUUCUCAAAUUUGUGAACAGGUUACGAAUAGUUUUCAUGGAAAUCAUAAUUGUGUCAUGAUCAUCAUGGAUGAGGAUCCUGAUCAAGACUUGGACCAAGGUAUUCUUGAUGCCAUUGUUUUAAUGCAAGGUUUAAGAGAAAAGGCCGAAUUGUAUGGAGUCUUUUUGAGAUCGAUGCAUUCUCCAUUGUGGGAAAUUUGUUGGAAUUACAAUUAUUUCACAUCCAUGUGUUUGAAAAGUAAUUUGAAAAGAAUAGAAUACAUGUUCCAUGCUUUUGGUAAUGGAACGAGCAGAAAUUUGUUUCAAAGACAUGAAGUGAAAACCAAAUUCAAAAUCAACUUACCAAUUACAAAUGUGGCUACGCUACAAAUCCAAUUGAAAAGUGAACAACCAUCACGACAAGUGAAAAUACAAAUUUUGGGGAAUGAAAUGUUUCAAGGAAUGACAACCACGAAACAUGUCCAUGACAAUGCAUUGUUUGAACUUGAUCUAGUUUUGAAAACGCCAUCAAGAAAAGACGAAUUUUUAAGAUAUAUCCUUUGGGAUUCUACAUCAAACAUCAUCUUGGAUGAAGGUCAGUUAAGGUUUCGAGUAUGUGAUAUGGUAUCCGAAUUUGUGUAUCAUUGUCUCAAAGAUCGUCCUCUCAAGAUGGGAAUCAUCUCUAACUGUAACGAAAUGGACCUAUUUGUGAAUGGUCUUUAUACAUUGAUUGACCAUGUGACCGAUGAGAAGCCCAACAAAAAUCAACAACUUUCACUCAUUACCAAUCCCUGUUUACUGAAUGAAGGUGUUCAAGAAUAUUCAUGUCGGAAUGUGACACUCGUUUGUUAUGAAACUCAAUUCAAUGACGAAUCUUUACAACUUGAUUCCAUUAUUGAAAACGUCGAUAUCAUUGUAUUUUACGCAUCCGCUUAUCGAUAUUUAUAUUAUUCGAAACGAAUUCUUGAAGCAUGUCGACUCCAUUCCAAACCUUGUACGAUUGCCUUACACCAUGAUAUCAUUCGAGACGAACGAGAAGAGAAUGAAAUACUGAAACAUCAUGCAAUAGAAAUACCCGAGACGAUACAACAAUACGAUGGGGAGAGCACUUGUACGGAUUUUCAAUUGGACGUGUCACUUCUUCCAGUGGUGGAAGGAACAGUGAAACAAGUGUUUCAGAAACAACAACAACAACAACACAAUGGAUUCAUAACCAACCUUGGAAUGGUGGAAUCAUCUCCUCUUCAAAUUACCAAAUCUCCCAAACAUCCCCAAUUGCUAUACGUCAUUCAUUCCUCUCCUUCUUCCAAAAGUCAACCGAAACGAACCAAAUCGUGUCCAUGUUGCUAUGCCCAAAACCACUUGGAUUGUCCUCAUUCCACUGAUAUUUCUACCUUUCUAGGAUAUACUCGUAAUGAACCAUAUCCAGUUUUCAGAACAAUCCGAGAAGGUCUUUUUGAUCUCACACAAGAACAAUGGCAAGAGUUGUUGAACGAUUUUGAGAGUUUUCAAAAAAGAUUUAUCCAAAGUACCAAUGGGAAAGAAGCGUAUAAGAGAAAACGAUUUCAACAACUCUUGAUGAAGUUUUUGAAUGAUGCGUUUGUGAAGCAGCGUAUUGAUUUUCAAUUGUCUGAAAAGGAUAUUGAAAGAAUGGAGAAAAAACCUCAACAGGGUGGCAAGAUGCAUCUUGAUGACAAGCGUGACAUUAAGAGGAGUCCACAGCAAGCAAUGAUGGAAGAAGAAGUGAAUGAAGAGAAUUAUCAAGAAGAGAAUGAAGAAUUUCAACAAGAUGAAGAUGCUUUGAUAGGAGAUUGUAAUUCUGAAGCAUCUGAAAACGAGGUAGAAGAUACACUUGAUUCUCCUCCACAGCUACAUGCAGAGAAUAUGCAAGAAGUUGAUGAUGACGUUAUAUUCGUUAAGGUAGGGAUGAGGGAAUCCAGUGGUUCCACGAACUUGCAAGCCCAACAAGCUUCGAAGUGUCUCACUUUCAAAAUCACUCUCACUACUGCAAACGGUACACAAUUCUUUCAUCCAGAGUUGAAUCUCGAUUCCAUGACUUGUUUGGAUACAUUAAAGAAGACUUUAUUGGAGGAAUGUGGGAUUAAUACUGCACACUCAUGGAAUCAAUAUUCCCUGGAGUACAAGAGAGGGCACGAACGGUCCUGUCUUUCUAGUGACCAGUUAGUUCGAUCAAUGGUAAAAUAUAUUCGAUCGCAGCAUGAGAAGAAUAAUGGCGACUAUGAACCUGAGAUUGAGAUGAAGGUGAGAGUUCAUCCCGUUAUUUCUUUCCCUCGCUUGUAUUCACAACAAACUUUCACUCAUGAAGUGAUCAAAAAUUAG